AUGGACUUCGAAUACACCAACAGGCCCAGCAGCAAUACGCCCCCAGCUUGGAGCACUCCGCAGAAGCCGCGCGCAUCAGGCUCCCAUGAAGCCCUCAACCCCUCGCAGCCACCUUUCCCCAGCUCUCCACUGGCCCCCAACUUCGGCUCGAACCAAAACAUCCCGUUCAUCUUCCCGACACCUCGACAUGAGCCUCCGCCGAUGCAGUCAUGGGUGCCCCCGACUGGCUUCUCUGCUGGCCAAGCCUUCCCCCAGCCUGAAGUGCACGACGUCGAUAUGGCCGAAGCAAGCCCAUCGCGGCCGGAAGACACCCGACCAGUGGCCGCUGGCGCGCUCCGACGCGUCUAUAAAGCUCGGCAAAAAUCGCGGGAUACGCGUAUUGCGCGUGUGAGGGAUAACGACGACGAAGAUGAGUCAGAAGACUCGGAUGAGGAGGAGAAGGGCGGGCGGCUGCGUGUCAGACGAGCGAAGGGCGCUCAGCAGACGUCGAAUCACUUCACACUAAACAUGCCGUCGCCCGAGGCACCCAAGUCCGAGACACCAUAUAUUUUACUUGGUUACCUCCAAUUCUUCUUCAACCUAUCCCUCGUUCUCGUCUUCCUCUACCUCCUCGUUCAGUUCAUCCUCACCGUGCAACGGGAUGUCGAGCAUCAGAUCUCGGAAUACUCUAUGGAUGUCGUCCGCGAGAUAACCCUCUGCGUCGCCCAGUACAAGAACAACUUCUGCCACAGCCCCAUCCCCGCCAUGGCUACCCAGUGCGCCCAAUGGAAGACCUGCAUGGACCGUGACCCGACCAAGAUCGGCCGCGCGCGCGUCAGCGCAGAGCUCAUCGCGGAGGUCGUGAACAGCUUCGUCGAGCCCAUUAGCUGGAAGACAUUGGCCUUCACCGUCGUCUCCCUCACCUUCCUCACCGUCUUCAUCAACGCGCUCCUCUCGCUCUACCGCGCGCGCAUACAGCCCCCGCCGGCGCACCCUGCGCACGCGCCGCCUUAUGUAGCCGCGCCGUACCCCUUCUUGGGCGCCCCGCAGCCGGAGUGGACCGCAAGGCCGCCCUGGCGGAAGGGCGAGGAGGAAGAGGAGGAGGCGCCGUCGAGGAGGCGGCGGAUUGAGGGUGGGGCGGCGGUGAAGGUGAAGUAG